AUGGCCAAUUUUGCAAGUUCGUCCAUUUUGUUAGCAUCACUAACCCUCACCCUAUUUGUCACCUUUGCACCCGUGUCAGCAUCACGUGUUAUAAUAAGUGACCCAAAUGGAAACCAAAAAAUCGACCUUAACAAAACGUGUAUUACUAGGCCCCACACAACCGUGACAAUAACGAAUCUGUUGAAUGAAAACCUCAACUUACAUUGCCAAUCAAAGGACGAUGAUCUUGGUAAACAAGUCCUAAGUAAUGGACAAGAAUUUCAUAUUAACUUCAAGCCUAGCAUAUUAGGAAAUACAGUCUUUUUUUGUAAUUUUGCUUGGAGUGGUGCUUCAAAAACAAUCGAUGUUUACGAGUAUGAUAGAGAUCAUUCGAGGUGUUGCGGAGAUGUUCCUUGGAAAGUUGAACAAAAGGGUUUAACUAGUGUUAGUACUUACAGUGGAGGAUCUGAUGAAUUUUUCCCUUGGAAUUGA